AUGUUCCGUUGCUGUAACAUCGAUUACUUUACUGUAUUCGUUGGCAAUCAAGAUGGGAAUGUCCGAUGUAACGACUCCGCUGGCAUUUCCUCUCAGGGGCCCAUAUUGAAAAGCAGCACUGAAAAUGCCCUCACUUCCAUCACGCAAAACAUCGCAAGGUUGGCCACCGAUGCCACCUCCAUCAAACAAGAAGUGGCAAAUCUGAACAACGGACUCACAUUAUUGGAGAACAAUCUAGGCACUGAGGUCACUAAACUUCAAGGAAGACUCAGCUCAUACUUUGAUGCUCGUACCGACGGAGAUGCAACACUCUGUCCAUUGCUCAACCUUCUCUCUGGUAAGGAAAUCCGUGGAUUCCCAAGAACAAUGCGGGAUCUACAUUCACUGGACUCGCAAAGCGGAAUUGCUAUAUUGGGGCAGCUCCGAUGUAACGUCCGCGAAAACACGGUUUGGGUUUUGCGAGAGCGCCUGCGUGACGAAAUUCUCUAA